UUCUCCCACCACCGUCAUCCGAGAGCCAGAAGACAACGCCCCUAAAGACUUUUCUCUCUCUCUCUCUCUCUCCUCCUCCCUCCUUUCUCCUCCUUUUCCACUCUUUCUCUCCCUAUCUUUUUUUCCUCGAUCCUUCUAUCGUCCAAACCCUAGUUCUUGAUGCGCUUGUGAGGAGGUGGGAGAAGGUAUAGGGCAUGGAGCGGAUCGUGGGCGGAAAGUAUAAGCUUGGGCGCAAGAUUGGGAGCGGAUCCUUCGGUGAGAUCUAUCUCGCGACACAUGUUGAUACCUUCGAGAUUGUCGCGGUCAAGAUCGAGAACAGCAAGACCAAACACCCGCAGUUGCUCUACGAGGCCAAGCUGUAUAACAUUCUUCAGAGUGGAAGUGGUAUAGCAAACAUAAGAUGGUGUGGUAUAGAUGGAGAGGACAACAUUCUUGUUCUUGAUUUGCUUGGUCCAAGCCUUGAAGAUCUAUUUGUCUACUGCGGUCGGAAGUUCUCGCUAAAGACAGUUCUAAUGUUGGCAGAUCAGAUGAUUACGAGAAUUGAGUACGUCCAUUCAAAAGGGUUUUUACAUAGGGAUAUUAAACCUGAUAACUUUCUCAUGGGCCUUGGUCGGAAAGCAAACCAGGUAUACAUCAUUGACUUUGGGCUUGCAAAAAGAUAUCGGGAUUCUACCACGAACCGCCAUAUUCCAUACAGAGAAAACAAAAAUUUAACUGGUACUGCUCGCUAUGCAAGUUGCAACACUCAUUUGGGCAUAGAACAAAGCCGUCGGGAUGAUUUGGAGUCUCUUGGUUAUGUUCUUCUGUAUUUUCUGAGAGGAAGUCUUCCAUGGCAGGGUCUAAAAGCCGCGACCAAAAAGCAGAAAUACGAUAAGAUAUGCGAGAAAAAGCUUUCAACUCCUAUUGAGGUUCUAUGCAAGUCUCAUCCAGUUGAGUUUGCAUCCUACUUUCAUUACUGUCAUUCAUUGACAUUUGAUCAACGACCUGAUUAUGGAUUCCUGAAGCGCCUAUUCCGGGAUUUGUUUAGUCGUGAAGGUUACGAGUUUGAUUAUAUCUUCGACUGGACCAUUUUGAAAUACCAGCAGUCGCAAAGAACAAAAGCUCAGCCUCGAUUUUCGCCAGCCUCUGGUGGAAUGACUAGCCGAGCAAUCCCGAUGGAUGUCGACAAACAUCAAGAUGAAAAUACAGAGCGCAUUGGACCAAGUAAUGCAGCACGUCCCACAGUUCGAAUGCAGUUCAAAUCACCAGCUGAUAAUAAUCUGAUUUCCGACAAUCAGCGGCUUGAGAAGAUGAGAGUGGGAACAAGUGCUGAAAAAGCGCAGAUGCCAUCUACAUCAUUUUCUCUUCCAGGUGCUUCAAAGAGAAAUGUUCUAAGCUCAAAACAAUCUGGGCCAGCUGAUACUUCACACCUAGGUCAGGGUUUGGGAAGCAACUUUGGUUCAUCCAGCAGUUGGAUUCCUACAUUGCAGCGAAAUGCUUCAGCCAAAUGAUUGGGGCUGAUUCAGACAGGAAGGAUCUGAAAAACAGUUUACAUGUGCUGUUGAAGGUUGCGGCAAAGUCAUUAUUGCUCAAGUCACUUUCUGGAUAUCUGGAUGCAUACUGUAUUUUUAUUAAGGUGACUACAGACACAUUGGAUGAUGCUAAAUGCUGGUUUUCACAAAGCAUGGUUGCUGUUGUGUUGAAUACUACAACAGUUGACUCGCAUUGGUCUAGCAUUUUAUCAUUCCAUUUAAGCUGGAUAACAUGUGAAAUGUCUUUUUUCAUUAUCUUGUUAGUAGAUUAUAUGGUUUUCAUUGUGCUUGCUGUAUGGAUGUGUUGUAACAAUUUCGGCUUCGUGGAGCUCAUUGGUGCUGGGUUCUGUCAAUUUGUAUAAUUUUGUGUUGCUGUAUUCUUUGGUUCAAAACCCUGGACAGUCAUCUGAAAUAGUUUUAGCAUUAGGUACUCAAGUUGCUCGGGAUGUGAAUAGAGCAUCAUAAUCUAGUUUUCAGGUGCCAGUCUUCUAUUCUUUUGUGUAAGAGGCUUUUAUCAAGUAGCAGUACAUCUUUACCUGUGGUGGCUCAUCUACUAUGUUUUCUACUCUCCAGAGGACGAUGCUGUAAUGGUUGAAAAGCAGGAGAUAGUUUUGAAGAUCUCCAGAUGGACUGAACGUGUAUUAUGUAGAGAUCUGGCUUCUUUGGUAGCGCACCGUUCUCCCUGCACUAUAAUGAGCCAAUCUUGAUAAUUCUCUGCAAAUUCUGUGCAUAGUUCUGCAGAUUGAGAAAUGUCAUAGAAUUCCAUGCAUUUCUGAAAGAUCGCCAUGGGGGAUGAAUGAUAGUGAUCAGGAAAGAUUUUCUUGCUAGAAAAAAGAUAAGUGAGAAAAGAAGCUAAUGAUUUGAAGGAUUCUGUUCAUAAAUAUCUUUCAAAAUGGUCCAGAGAAUUGAGGUUCUGCCAGAUUUUGCUUUUGUGGAAGCAUAAUCAUUUAGUCUCAGA